UUUUCAUUAUGUCUUAGAUUCAGCAUAGGACGAUUAUCCAAUUUGUUUUUCAUUUUUUUUUUUGUUCUGUUUUAGUUUACAAAGAACUUUGAUAAGACUAUAUGUAAUAUGAACAAAAGAUAAUAUGGUUGUGGUGGGCGGUCAAUACUCCUUAAUGCUUAAUAAGAGGUCACAAAUUCUAAGCCUUAAAAAUAAAGUCUGUUUGAUAGUCGAACUCUUUAUUUACAUAUAGUGGAGGUUGAAUUCCUUGUCUUCUUCGUAUAAUUACUUCUUCAAAUUUUGAACCCCUUAGUGAAAAUUUUGAUUCAUUCUGAUUCCGCUAUUGGUCGUGUGACUUACUGGAUUCUUUUAUUUUUUAUUUUUUUAUUUUAUAAUUACUGGAUUCGAAGUUUAGUGUUUGUACAUAUUUAAUAGAUAUCUUAAUAAAUAUACAUGAUUUGAGCCAAAACUAUUGGACUCAACUUACACUUAUUAUAUAAUUACAUGUAAACCUAUUGAUAAACAUUAAUUUGUAAUCUAGUAAAAAGAAACUGGGUUGAAAGUCUAUUACAUUAGUCAAAUAAUUUUUUAAGUUUAAUUAAUGGAGUUUCAAACAUAUUUUUGUAUAAAUUUAGCCCAAAAUAGUGAUCCAAAAAAAUUAAUGAAUUUAAAAAGGUAGAAAAAACUCAUUAUUAAAAAUGUCACGUGGACAAAAAAUACCCACGUGGUAGUGAGUGCAUUACACCUCAUUGGGUAAGGUCAUGUAGGGUGUGAAGGCUAACGAAUCGCCAAGUAUAGGGGGAUAAUUAGGACCAAGAAUAGUUUGAGUGUGCACUAAAUUAAUGGUGUCAAGUUUAGGGUCGUGAGGUGUAUGCCAUUCAACUAAGUUGACCAAGGCCCAUGGUUUUUAUUAAGAUUAAGAUUAAAACGUCUGAAUCUGAAUACAUUUCUGAAUAUUAAGAUGUUGUAUUAAAAUUUGAAUACUAAAUAUUUAAGACUGUUUGUUUGCUCAACAGUUGAAUGUAUAAGACUUGUAUAUAUUUAGACAUUCAUAAAUCAUAGACAUAAAAUUUAGAUAAAACACUGAUUAAUCUAAUACUAUAUCAAAAUAUUCUUAGAAAAUUAUAUGGUGGUUGAUGGUGAUGAUGACUCACGGUGGUAGUUAUGGGUGCCGAUUGUGGAGGAGGGUGGUGGUGGUGUGGGUAGUAACUAGUAAUGAUAGUGGCCACCAGAGAGGUUAACAAUGACGGUGGUUGAUGGUGGUAGUUGGUGGUACACCAACAACAAUAAUAUAUCUAGUAUAAUCCUACAAAUGGGUUUGGGAAAUGUGGGCUAUACGUAGCCUUAUACCUACCGUGUGAAGAUAAAGAGGUUGUUUCCGAUAGACCCUCGGCUCAGAAGAGCAUGUCAAAAUCAAGUUGGUGGUGGCUACUGUUAAAUGUGGUAGGUGGUAAUGCUAGCUAAUGGGGGUGACCCAUAGCAGUGAUUGGUGAUACAUACAGACGGUUGAUGGCGGUGAUUGUCAGCAGUGAUCGAUGGUUAUUGUGGUAAUGGCAGUUGGUGGUGAUGAUUGUAAAUGAUGGCUAAUGGUGGAUGACGAUUGAUUGUGGUAAUUGAGGGGGAUGAUCGUUGUGGCUGAGGAUGGUGAUUGUGGGAGGUGAUAAUUAAUAAUGGUGGAAAACAAGAUGACAACGAUUAGCCGUUAAAAGUGGAUUGAAUUGUGGAAAUGUCAUCUUUUCAGAAAUUCUUGAAUGGAUAACAUUCUAAUAAUAUUAAAACUUUGUUGUAGGUUUUAAUCAUUCAGAUUCUUUCAGACUCAUUAAGUGGUGGUAAAAUAAAAAAGAAAGCACUUAAUAACUGUUAUCUAAAUUAUUAAGAUUUAAACCUUGAAACAUGCACUUAAUGAGUGGAAUUUAAAUAAUUAAAAUUCAAAUCUUCAUUAAGUGCAAAUAAAUGAAGUGUAAGCCUCUUCCUCUUUUGCUAUAGCUGCCUACAUUCAAACACCUCUAACCUUAUGAAUUGUCUUUGCUUCUUGUUUCUCUUCGUGUAAGUUACUUUUCAAUUGGAAAGUUGUAUUCAUAAUUCUCAAAUUAAUAUCUUUCUAAGCUUUUACUCAUGUGAUCUUUCUACUUUUUCUCAUUCUAAUAGUACCUCAAUUAAUCAUUUUACAUUGUUUUCUAUGUUGUACAACUCAUCUGGCAAAAUGGACAGAGCAACCCCUUCAAUUUUAUGUAGUUACUUUGUUAUUGUGUUGAUCCUACUUCUACUAGAUACAUCAGUGGCUGAACCAAGAUCUCAGAUAGUCCAGAAUAUAUGUGGAAAUGAAACCACGGUUUCCGUCACAAAUUUUGUUGAUACAAUGGAAACUAUAAGUCAACAAAUGGGUACUAGAGGGUAUGGAGUAGCAUUUACUGGCACUGGACCAGAUACUAACUAUGGACUUGGCCAAUGUUAUGGUGAUCUUUCUUUACCCGACUGCAUCAUAUGCUACGCUGAAGCGCGAGCUGUUCUGCCCGAGUGCUUCCCUUUUAACGGAGGGCGAAUUUAUCUUGAUGGCUGUUUUAUGCGAAUGGAGAAUUACACGUUCUAUGACCAGUAUUUAGGUCCAGAGGACAGGCGUGUAUGCGGAAACAGGACCACAAAGGGUUCAUUGUUCCAACAGAAUGCUAGGCUAGCCAUUCAGCAAGCAGUUGCAAACGCACGGAGUAAUAAUGGCUACGCGGGUGCUCAAGUGUCAGUGCCCGGACAUUCCAAAGAGACAGCUUAUGUUCUCGCUGAUUGCUGGAAGUCGCUAAGCACAAAUUCCUGCGCAGCAUGUCUGCAAAACGCAUCUGCCUCAAUGCUGGGAUGCUUACCUUUGUCAGAAGGUAGAGCUCUAUAUACCGGAUGCUUCAUGAGGUAUUCUGAUACAAAUUUUCUCAAUGUUGUUUCUACCAGUGGAGGCUCGUCAUCAGUAGGAAAAGCUGUAGUCAUUGUCAUUGUUGUUGUUAGUUCUGCGGUCAUUUUGGGAGUAGGUCUUGUCAUUGGUAUUUAUGUUUGGAACAACAAACAAAUCCAGAAGAAGAGGAAAGGUUCAAAUGACGCGGAGAAAUUAGUGAAGAUCCUUCAUGACAACAUCUUGAACUUCAAGUAUUCGACACUUGACAAAGCCACAGGGUCAUUUAAUGAGGCCGACAAGCUCGGGCAAGGUGGAUUUGGCACGGUUUAUAAGGGUGUUUUGGCAGAUGGGAGAGAAAUCGCUGUCAAAAGGCUGUUCUCCAACAACAAACACAGAGCUGCAGAGUUUUAUAACGAGGUUAACAUAAUCAGUAGCGUCGAGCACAAGAAUUUGGUACGAUUAUUGGGAUGCAACUGCUCAGGACCGGAUAGUCUUCUUGUAUAUGAGUUCCUCCCGAACCAGAGUCUCGAUCGCUUCAUUUUCGACCCUGUCAAAGGUAAAGCUCUAAACUGGGAGAAAAGAUUGGAGAUAAUUAUAGGGACUACAGAAGGUUUGGUAUACCUCCACGAGAACACAAAGACUCGAAUAAUUCACAGAGACAUAAAAGCAAGCAAUAUCCUGUUGGACGUGAGGCUCCGAGCAAAGAUUGCUGAUUUCGGGUUGGCCAGGUCAUUCCAAGAAGACAAGAGCCAUCUAAGCAUCACUGCCAUCGCUGGCACCUUAGGAUAUAUGGCUCCAGAAUACUUUGCACAUGGCCGAUUAACAGAAAAAGCAGACGUUUACAGCUUUGGAGUUCUUCUACUAGAGAUUGUUACUGGAAGACAAAAUAACAAGAGCAAAAAUGCUGAAUAUACAGUCAGCUUAGUUUCCAUUGUGUGGGAGCACUUUCAACACGGGAUAAUGGAGGAACUGUUUGAUCCGAAUCUCAUGUUGCAUAACUACCAUACCACCAAUGUGAAAAAUGAGGUCGCAAGAGUUCUACAUGUUGGUCUUUUGUGCACUCAAAAGAUCCCAACGUUACGGCCGUCCAUGUCUAAGGUAUUACAGAUGUUUGUCGAGAAACAAGAGUUGCCGCCACCUACUAAUCCGCCAUUUGUAGAUGAGAAAAUCAUGGAACUUCAUGACCCCUGGAAGAAGUACUCGCUUGAAGAAGGCAAUUCUGCUUCGAUUGCCAACUUAUCUCACAGUUCUUUUUAUCCCAGAUGAUGAUAUUCCACUGCCAUGAAACCGAAGUAAAAAUUAUAAAACAUUAUUUCUCCUCGUGUUCGUGAAGUAGACUUGAUCAUCAUGACCAGGUAGUUGGUUACAACUACUACGCUUCAGUGCAAACAAGUUGAGAUCAGCUAUGUGAAUUAUAACUAUAUAUUCCAUUUAA